CACAAACGACUCAGGAUAUAAAAAUAUACGCAAUUACUCACAUUCGCGAUCUCUUUUGGUUAAAUAAACAAUAACACAGGGUUGCUACAAAGCUGUCAGGGGGUCAAGGCUCUUGAUAUUGCUUCAUACGUGUUGUAAUGUUCUGAGUCAGGAGCGGAUGGCUCAAGACCGACCAUACGUGGCGACGAGUCACACCCUGCGAGAGGUGCCCCUGCUUUUACUGAAUAUGGCGGAUCUAGAGAGGACAACUCGAUAAAACCCGUAAUUCCGAGUGUCAUCCGUACCGUGCUUAUGGGAUUAAUGGCACUACGUAAGUGUGUCUUAUAACGGUGGCCUCCAGAUACCUGGCGCCCUCUGGUUGUAAGAAGUCUUGCUCGGGAUAUUGGGGGCUAUGUCCCAGCUGACAUCCCUUCCCCCAUACUCGUGGGACACACAUGGAAAGUAACAACAACUUAAAUCAAAAGCCAGAAGGAGCUGCACAGCUCCAAACAAUGGCCAAUGCUGGCCUUUCGACUUCUGUCGAAACAGAAACCAUCGCUACAGAACUACUGGGGGCGCAUAGUCCCUCGUAUGACGUAGAGAUGGUGGAUACUAGCGUGAGACAGGAUGCAAGUCCCGUCAGAACGCUAUCUGAUAUCUCGCCGGAGGAUGAGCAGAAGUUGCUUGCCUCUCCGGUGAACAACCCAUCUCACCAAGCUCGAGAGCGGGAGCGGCUUAGCGGAGCCGGUCGGAAACGCCUCAAGCGGUACAUAGAAAAGGGAAUGAGCUAUGAGCAGGCUAGAGAAAAAGCCAAAGAACCCGUUGGCCCACCACGGAGGGAAAAAAAACUCUCCAAAAAAGACCUAGGUCUGAUAGCUCUACACCGCAGAGGCGAUGCCCGAAGAAAUUUGCCAAAUCUAGUGAGGGAUCUGCAGGGGGCAGGCCAGCUGGGACUGCAUCUGUGCCCACCGGUGAGGCAACUGUGCCGCAUGCACCUGCAGAUUGUCGCGGGGAGCCAGUUUCAUUUAGGGAUGCACUGUGCGGAGUGAAGCUGGGUUUAGUCCCAGAGGACUAUCCAACCACAGUGUGGUCAACGGAUGAGCUCAAAGCUAUCCAAAAUGCCAUCCUCAGGGCGGUCAGGAGCAACACAGUUAGCGCUGUAAAGCCUAUCUUCAAGGGUUGCACCUUCCACUCGGGAUGGCUAUCCAUCAGUUGCAGAGAUGCUGCGACCGCGGGGUGGAUACGGAACACUGUUCCAAAGCUGGCACCAUGGAAGGGGGCGAAGAUGAAAGUGGUCGAGGAGGCAGAAACACCUCGCCGCAUCAUUCUUGUGGGACUCUUCCCGGAGCUGGACAGCUCUACCAGUGAGGAUGCGCUCAGUCUGCUUCAGGCACAGAAUGACGGCCUGAGAAUUCCGGACUGGCGCAUUCUGAAUCGAGUACUCAGGUCAACAAUGGCGGAAAUCACCAUUGCAGUUGACCCGCUAUCAGCGGACACGCUAAAGCACCGCGGGAACGUGGCAAACUAUGGCUUUGGCGUAGUAAAACUUAGGGAGAAAGCCAAACCGUCGAUUCCCGUGGUAGACAAAGAUUCCGCCGACACCGAAUACCCUAACUCGGAGGAGCAACCUUGCUGCUCCAAAGACGUCAUCGUAGCUCCCAGGCAGCUACCCAAUGACACGCAAGUGCAGCAGAAGUCAUCGGAGGUUGGCACAGAGCUACACGUAACACACAAAGCUCCAACAACGCCUCCGAAAACAGCAACAACAACAUGCCCGACCCUACAACAGGUGCUGGAAGAAGCCCAAAAGAGCGUCGGACCCAUCGCAUCCCCAAAGCCUGCAAAACAGCCACCACUACAUGGCAGCUCCAAAGCGGCUAUUUCCAGCCGCAAAGGCAAGGGAGAUGCAAGGACGGCCGAAGAAGCGGUCUUGCUGAAGGGCAACAGGGGGAAGAAGGUGGCUGCUCGCGGCCGAAAAGACCGCAAGUAAUGGCACCUCACCCCAAAAACUCCGCAAAUCUGAGGCACAUUAAAUGCCUCCAAGUGAACCUUCACCACGCGAAAGCAGCAUCAGAUGUUUUACAUAGGAGGUUCACAAACGAAGGCUUAGGUGUAGCCUUCAUCCAGGAACCCUGGAUAUUAAGAGGUGACGUCAAAGGCCUUAAUAUAAAGGACGUUCAUUACGGCAGAUCUCGUUGCGGUAUGGGCCAAAAUUCCGACUCCUAGGGGGGUGCAAGAGGCAGUACUUGCCUCCGCGUACUUCCCGGGUGAGGAGGAGAUAGCCCCGACACCUGAAGU